GCUUUCAGCCGCUGUCGGGCCCGCGUCGGAAGCUUCCUUAUAGGAAGUCCCAAUUCUGGAAAGCGUGCCUCAUGUCCGGGUGAUACACGCUUCCUGCAUGCUGCCCUGAGGCAUCAGUCCUCAGGAUUAUCUACUGACUCAAUCGUGACGCGCGGUAAACGUAGGCUCUAACACGUGUAGAAAAGUAGACUCGCGGGGCGCAUGCGCCUAUGCUCGCCCUCCCCUUGGACCCGUCCCAUAUCCUUCCAUCAGCUUCACGAUGCAGAGACCGAGCUCUUAUCACGCUUUCUCGAGGUGCGACAGCCAAGUAUGGACCGACUGGCUGCACUCCGAGCGCCAAGCCAACUCAUCAUUGAGUAGCUCAGAGUCUGCAACGAUUGAAGAUGAUAUUAACCGCCAUCAAUCGAAAGACGAUAUCGACGACGCAAUGCCUCUAUGUUAUGCUUCAUUCUUGCCUUCUCCGCCAGACUCGCCGCUGAGUGCGUCCUCGUCGUCUCAGCUGUCCGUAGUCUCGGCGGCGGAUUCCGGCUAUGAUGAGCUACCGGAGAUCCCAUUCGUGUCGUCUUCUCCGUCACGAUUUGACAGCGGUUGGAAUCCGAUGGAGGGCUGUUCAAGCCGGGGGAGCGACGACAGCCACUGCGAGCGGACCUUCUGGGCCUCGGUCAUCCGGCCCACAGCCUCGCGGUCGUCAGAGAAGAGCGUCCCCGUCCUCGGGCAGAUGAGCGAGCGCAGCCUGGCGCCCAGCCGUCACCGCGCUCCUUCCAUCUCUUCGACAGCGUCGUCCCGGACACGGCCUGCACCCGCCAAGUCCAUUUUGUCCUCCAGCUCGUCCACGAGGACACGAACAACGACACGGUCUCCGCCGUCUGUCAAAUUUCUUGAUAUGCCCACGAUCCAUUACGAAGAGGAAGAUGUAUUUGAGCACACCCAUAGCCACGCUCGGUCCGUUUCUGAGGACAGCGGAAAGCGGAGCUUUCUGAAGUGGUUCCGGGGUGCAAGCAAGAAGGCUCAAGCGGCGCAAGAGCGACCGACGAUCUCUGGACCGUUCCCACUGUGGGAGACGCCACCGCGCCGUACGCCAAGCGGCGGGACGCCGAGCGUUCGUUCGACGAAGUCUGGAGCGCCGAGUUUGCGCUCGAUGAAGUCGAACAACAGCCUCCGGUCCGUACGAUCGUGCAGCAGCAGGCUGCAAACGUAUUGGGGUAGGGUGACGGGAAGGGAACUAUGAACUAGCUUCAUGGUCGGUACCUUCUGCGCCCCCCUUCCAUGCUUGGCUUCAUUAU